GCCUACGUAAAGGUAAAUCAAAGAUGGCGGUUUGCUGCCGUUAACCCUUUGUUAAUUUCUGUGAAAAAUGACUCAAAAUAUUAAAUUUCUCUGCAUUAAAAAAUUGCAUUUAAAUAAUAAACUUUGUACAGGAGCACGUUAUGGAAAGAGGAGAUCAGUAUGGACCGUCGUUGCCCCCAGGUAAUUGCCCCUCAUGUAAAACUCAAGUGUUAUGGGUCAAGUAAAGCGUCGGUGUGCUCCUAUAUUUAGUCCUAUCUACGGCCAAGGCGCCGAGUCUGAACUAAUAAGUAAUACUCAAGUUAUCUGCCUUUUAAUAACAGUAUAUCUAAUUUAAUCACAUCAUGCAAACAGAGAGUAUACCCAAACAGAGUCUGAGUUGUGUAAUAUGGUUUCAGUUGACUGCAAAUUUAAUAAGACUAUUACUAUUAAUUUCAGUUUGAUCUUACCUCUUACUAGAAAGUAGAAGUAAAAGAAAGUUGUGUGAGUACUGAACUGUUCAGUACAUGCAGGGGCCCAGUGUACUGAAGACUUGAAUUGUAACCUAGUAAUUAGAAGUGUAGUUUUAACUUAGUAACUAGGCCAGGAGGGGGGGGGGGGGGGGUUACAACUAGGGGUGUGCCGGAGUCCGGUCCGUAAUCCGGUUCCGCCGGAUUUUGCACUAUCCGGUGAAAUCCGGUUCCGCCGGAUUUACAUGUAUCCGGAACAACCGGAUUCCGGAAUCCGGAAUAUACCGGAUUUCGGAAUUUGCCAGAUUUUGUGACUCACCGGAUCAUAAUCUGAAAUAAAAGUAAUUCUCUUUCCCGAAUUCCACACGAUCACGAUACAUUAAUCGAUUGUUUCGAGCGUUGAGCUUGUUUAAUGUUUAAUAUUCCGUACAUACCAGAGGCUAGAGUCAGCACCGCUAAUAGUGGCCAAUAGUGUAGGGACUUUGAUAAGAAAAUUUAAACUUUUUGUAAAAAUAAACCAAUGGCAUAGUUGAAAAGAUGUAAUUUUUUAAAGAAUUAUAACACCAAAAUCAUAUUUUUAGCUGUUGUAGUUUUAAAGUUAUGAAUUUUUAAAGUACGACUUGGUUUGUCAUUUUUUAACAUGGACUGCAUCUCCACAUUCUGUGAUCUCAUUCCGCCAAUCCCGUCAUGCGCAAUGACUAUAUAGUUUAUAUAAGGCAACGCAUUCCCUGCCUUAUCACUAAAAUACUGUUUAGACUUAGUUUAAACUUUCAACUUUGGCACAUGAAUAAUUAAUUAAAGCUUUCCCUGACCAAUGGUUUAAUAGUUUUUGCACACGGCAAACUCUUAUGAAUGAAACUCUGAGGUAGUACUACGAUACAGUUAUGCAAGUGGCUGUGAAUGGUUGCCAAUGACAACGUGUUGCACACGGUAAAUUCUGAUCAUUUAUAAUAUGGAUUCUACCGGGUUGUUAAAGCUCAAAUUAAAACAUUCCAGUUUAAAUGUCUUUAAAUGCAUUCUGAAACACAAGUUAUCAAUUAUUUUGAUGUAAAUAGUGAUAAUAAAUUAAUAUUUCCUAAGUAUCGUCAACUUCCGCCAUUAAAAAGGGGGGCGUGGCCAACCCCAUGGCGAAAUUAGGUUGAGCGAGCUGCAUGACCUGCUGCGAACGCGUAGAAACAUGGCGUCUCUCGUAAGACACUUAUCCAAAUGGAACGGAACUCAAAUAUAUAUCGAAAGUACUAAUUUAAUAAUAAAUAGACACACACAUCGGAAAAUUAAAAACUCGGAUUUUUUGGCGCCGAUUGCGAAUUCCCAUACACAAAAAGUAGUAGUCCACCUUGACUUACCGAAGUAUCUACCAAUAGUACCAAAAUCCGGGAGAAACCGGAAUCCGGAUUAUUCCGGAAUCCGGAUCCGGCGGAUUUCGCAUAAGAAAAUCCGGAUCCGGAUCCGGUUGGAAAAAACGGAUCCGGCACACCCCUAGUUACAACUAUUUUCACAUGUUAAGGCUAGGCCUACUUCAUAUUAUAAUUAUAUUGAAAGACUCUGGCAAUCCUGCAAAGCCCGGUCCCUAAUUAUUUUGUAUGAAAAUAAUUGUAAUGCACAGUGUGUAUUGUUAGAAAACAGCAGAAAUGUCAGUCAUAGCUUUUGCAAGUGUCAGUAAAUACUAAAUGUUGUAAAUGGCGCAUAGGAUUUGCCGAAAACGUUCUGCUUGUGACUGAUGCGCCACUGAAAGGCCCCUAAGUAGCUGGCGAACAGACUGCGACUUUUACCACUCUGAUAGCUGAGUUUACGUUUCGCUUGCAUCCAAAGUCAUUCAAUACUUUCUGCGUGAAUGACCUGGUCUACUGGAUCAAAAAAUUCAUGCACGUGCACAAUGACAGCGUGAGCAUAAAUCCCGUUGUUGAGCUGAGACUGAGUGACAUUUUGAUACACUCGCCAAGUGUCCGUGACGAUAGUUUCCCUGGUAACACAUGAUUAGUGAUAAUGCGUUAUUGCAUCUCGACGGCCAACAACCUCCAUCCAACAUCAUCCACUACCAUGACGCCUAACCAAGCCGACAACCCACUUAUCAACACGUCGCUGUCCACAGUGAUAUUUUCUAUGGAAAAAGUAACUCUCAUCCAUCUCAACGAAAACAGACUGGCCACUUGCAUCGAAGCCCCCCGAUUGGUUCUCAAUAUCCAUUGACAGCAUUCCUGACGAAGAUAGUUGUUAUAGCUGACAAUAGUGUCCCAGCAAACCAGACUCUUGAAAAACAUAACGUGUUUACACUUAACUUCGUAAACCCAAUAAUACAUGAUCAUAACUAUUUUUUCAGUUGUUAGUUUGCAGUUGGCAAAGAAUGACCCCGUUCUAAUGCUACUGCGGGUGUUGCGUGGGCGAAAAUGCCACCAAAAAAAACACCACUGCAUUCCACAAGAGCGACUAAUGCCAUUGGGCAUCUGUAUGUUCCACAAUUAACGUUGUUUCCGAUCAAGCCGUGUUGGGCCAGCCACUCCAACCAUUCACGCCUGUUUGACAUUACAGCAUACAAUUCACAAGGAGUUAAUUCAAUUCCGCCCAGUUGUGCUGCUGGCAAAAUGACCAAACUAAUGAAAUAUACGCAAACAUGAAUUUCAAACAAAGUGAUGCCUAGACUUUUAAGUAAGGAGUAAUCAUUUGAAAUAAUUUAGGACCGGACUUCGGAGGAUUGCCGAUUCUCAAUUAAUAAAUGAUCAGACUAAUUAUAAAUUGUAGAUGAAUAGGAUAGCUUUUAUUCAUGGCCAAGUUUUUUUUCAUAAGCUGAACAUUAAAAAAGUAACUUGGCAAUAGGAGAUAGGCCCAAACUAAAAAUUAAGAUGCUAUCAGAGUGAGUAGGAUAAAUAAUAUCAAAAUCAUUCAAAGUGUUAUCACAAUCACUACCCAGCCAUAAAGUUUGUCAUGCUAUUUUUUGACAAUUUUUACUCCCUCUCUCCCCGUCACAAUCUGGUACAAAUCUAAGGUGGCCACAAUAUGUCACACUUUUGAACUAAAAUGUGUUGAAAAACAUUUAUUUAUUUAACUUAAAUUAUUAAAUUUAUUAAAGUUAAAGUGACUUCUUCUGUCAGAAUACAUCAUCACAAUCCAAAGUUCAACAACAUUGUCAAUUUCAGGUUUUAUAUGUAUAAUAAAAGACAGUGUCUACACGUCCCGCUACCGGACAAAUAGUGCGGGAGAUAUUCUUCCAGCGGGCAUGUCACUUGGCCGCCGUACGACUAGUAUGUGUUAUUAUUCAGGCAGACAUGUCAUGUGACAAGAGGUCGCCGGCAAAAUUUUUUUUUAAAGUCUAUUAUGUUGGUUUAAAUAUCUUAUAAAGCUCUACGUAGUAGCCUAAAUUUAAAAUAUGAACCAAAGAAAAUAAGACCAAUACUUGCUAUUUGACAGUCAAUAGAUCUACUGUCAAAAAAGUUUUAUUUUAGGCUAUUAAUAUUGCGUGAGAAAUAGGUAGGCUACCCCGAUAGCUCACUAUUUUGGCCCUAACAAAGAUGUAGGGUCUAUUUCUUUGUGAACUUUCGACCUCCCCGCCUUAAUUAUUUAUCACCCUCACUAUCAUUUUUAUCCUUUCUCUCUCGCUCUCAGUAUUUCUUCCUUCUAGUAUAUAUUGCUUCCCACCCCACCCACUUACUUCUUGAAAUGAAGUGUAUACUCGUCGUCCCCCAUACAUCUCCGACACCAGUUUUUUAUCGACUAUUAGCGGUUACGUGACAAGGCUGACAAACAGAUAUAUCGCCCAACUUUGUUACGGCAGUCAUGUGACCUGGUCACCGGUAGAAUAUCUUGAGAAUUAUUCGUCCAGUCGCCGAACAUGUAGACACUUCGAUAAUAAAAAUAAUGUGUGAUGUCACACAAAAUCUUUACCCCCCACAGGCCCACAAACUGUCAUACUUUCUUAGACGCCCUUCCCGGAGCAUGACAUUUUUUAUGGACAGCCCCCUAGACAUAUCUUUAAAGUUAACAGUAGGUGGUAAAUGUGCAGUUAGCGGCAUGGGUUUUGCCAAGAGUUGUCUCACCCUAAGCGCAGAGACGUCACUUUAGGAAAUCCCAACACUGGACUUAUGGUGAGUGGACCAACAGUUGGACCUGAACGAUGAGAAGUAUAAAUUUCCACUGAGCAUUAUUAGCAUCAAAAAUAAAAUCUGAUGAUUGAUAUAGUUAAAAAUGAAGUAAAUUAAACUUUCUAAAUCGUUUUUUUAUUAAUAGUCUAAUUAAAAUUCAACUUACAAGGUUCAAAAGGAAUAAAAAGAGAAACUCAUCCUUGUUGAUAUCCCAAGAUGAACACCGGAAAAAAGGCAUGCGCAUGGUGUUAAAAAUGCCUUUUUUUUUUAUUGGUUGAAAACGAAUAACCCAUAUGCUAUUCAUUUCUAUAAUGUUGCAAUUUAACGUGCGCUUACUAAAAUAUGACAUAACCACAUGAAUAUCCAACUUUGGUUACCUUCUGUUCAUAUGAUAAGGGACAUCUUUGACAAGAUUAAAGAUGUGGCUACAGAUAGAAAUAGAAGUUGUAAAGAGUCACUGAAUUUAAUGGGCCAAUUGAUUGAUUGAGUCUAAUACUGAGUAGGGGCUAUAAUUAAUUUUGUGAUGCGACUGUCCAUAUCUUCCAUUUCCAAGGUAUAUAGGUCAUAGAGGUUCCCUUGGUUUUCUUUCCGCUAUAGUUCCAUAUUUUAAAGUGUUCGGGUUUUAGUACUUUGAGCUCUUUAGUGACACAUUUUCUGUCAACCCCACUACACUUUUAAAAAUAAUUUUUUCUGUUUUAAAACUGAGUGGGUCUUUCUUGCCCUGAAAAGUAUGUUAAACUGUGCCAUGAAAUGGCGAAAUAACUAAAAUGGGUGGCAUAUUGGUAUUUCAAAAAGGUAACAAUAUUUGUUACAUAGCAGUAUAGAUUUAUGAACUUUGUUGAUUCCUAACCAAGCAUUUUUUGCAAUGCGCAGCAUUUUUAUUUACAACGUUGGUAAUUGGCAAUUCAGCAAGGAUUAAUUAAUUAUUUUUUAAAAUUUGUUUUGAGCCUUGAAAAUUAAAUUUUCCAUGAAGAACACUCAUUAUCCUUACGAAGUGUUGAUGUUUUGAACUAGGAAUUCUGUGUUAUUUAAGGCUAAUAUAGUACAGACUGUGUGCAAGUCGCAUGAAAACAAUAUUCAAAACAAGAUAUCUUGCAGCAAAUCGAGAAAAUGGAGUAAAUGUUGUGGCUGUAUGCUUUCCUUCUAAAAAGCAACAAUACAAAACAUAAGCAAAUGAACAAAAAGAAAGAGAACAGACAUCACAAAUUACUUGACAGGAAGUAGUUUGUAAACAUAACAUAUCAACUUUUGUGGCCUAAUAUUAUUUCUUGAAUAAAAUUCUCCCAAAUAUUUCUUUUAAAGGUAUGGUUGUGACAAGUAAAACUAGAAAAAGUACAGCGGAAAGCUCAACCAAGAAAAGAGGCAGGGUCCUUGGUCCCAGCCUUCCACCUGGUAUGCAGAAAUCUUCAGACAGUGAUGAUCUUAGUGAUGAAGGCCAACUUACUGUAAAGAUGGAGUCUGAAAUGUCACCUGAAUAUUCAAUACAAGAAGAUAAUGAUGAAGAUGAUGAAGAUGAAGAUGAUGGUGACACUCAGGUUUUACAUUUUGAACUUUAUGUUUACCAUAAAAAUGGAUUUUUAUAGAAAUAACAGCGCCAGUUCCACUAGUUUUAUUAUCCUUGAAAAAAAAUAAAAUCAAAUUUACAUAGAAAUAAUUUCUACCUUUGUGGCUGAAUACUCUUAAGAGAGCAAAACCUUACUAUAAAUAGUGUUAUUUUGUAGAAUCUCUCUCAUAACUUUUAGUUAUAUAAAUAUAUAUAUAUAUAUUGUUGAUUUCCAGGAAGGUGAAGCUAUAGGUCCAUUGCCAUCCGAAAUGAACCAAGAUGGAGAAGAUGUUGUUCAGGCUGCAGAAGAAUUUGAACGCCGCUCAAAGCGCAUGAAGGAUAAACUAACAGUUAAGGUGCAUAAAACUGUUAAAUUUUUUUAAACACAUAUUCUAUCAAAGUGGUUACUUCAGCUGUUGCAUGCUCACUUAAGACUAAAAGUAGAUAAUAUUAUUUAAUAUAUUUAUGAAUUGACAAUAUAGAAAUUUAAUAUAAAGAAAUGUAUGGUGAUGGAGGGGGGGGGGGGGCUGGAAAAAUGUUUAAAAUAGGCUGUUUUAUUUAUUGUUUUUAAGAGUUUGUUUUUUAUAGAAAUUUAAUAUAAAGAAAUGUAUGGUGAUGGAGGGGGGGGGGACUGCAAAAAUGUUUAAAAUAGGCUGUUUUAUUUAUUGCUUCUAAGAGUUUGUUUUUCUCUAUUUGAUGUUUUAAAGGAUUUUUAUAUAUUCUUAGGUCGAAGCUGAGGAAGGUCCAAGUAAACGAGAAGAAUGGAUGACUGAACUGCCUCCAGAAAUGGGGAAAAACUUUGGCCUUCAAAGUCGAACUUUUUCAAAAGGUAGCGGUCAACAAGAGGACAACAAAGACAGAUCGAGCUGGACUGAUAAUCCCUUAGUUAAAAAGGAGAAGGUAAGGAAAAUUAUAAUUUGGGGAUCCCAUUUGAUUAUGACAUAUUCAGUUUAGAGCAUUUUACCCUUAUAUUAAAUAUUCCUGGAGAGGAGAAAAAGAUUGCGUGGAGAUCAUUUUUGAAACUGGGUGAACGAGUUUUUACUUUUUUGUUGCAUUAACAGGUUGUUUAUUAUGUUAACUUGCAAUUGUAUGACCUAAAGAGGGGCAAGGAUAGUCCAGAACUGCUGGAAAUAUCUUUGCAUCCAACAAAAUGAUUUAUUUUACUAUUUUUAGGUAAUGAGCCUUGUCAGGUAAUUGGAACUUCAAAACAGUGAUUAAAUUUAAUAUUUAUAAGAGGAGAACCAAAUUAAAAACCAAAAUUAAUCAGUGCUAACUUCAAAGGCAGCUAUUGUACAAAUAAAUCCUUUAAAUCAUUCAAUUGUUAAAAAAGUAGGAUAAAACUAGAAAUGUAAUAUUACAGUUUUUGGUAUUUGAGAACAAUUUCUUUUGCAAAUGAAGAGUCUUGAAAUGUUCUAGUUGCGAAUAAUAAAACAGCCAUUUAACCAUUUCUUUUAGUAUUGAUUAUAUUAUUUUCUGUAUAAAACAAAGGAGAGUUCUAAAGGGAAGAAAAGAAAGAGGGAUGAAGACAAGGCAGCUUUGGCAAGAGAUGAACAGAUGCAGCAGCAAGUUGAGGAAUACAAUGUAAGUAAAAAGUCUUGCUUUAUUUGUGUUUUUGCUGAAGUUUGCCAUUUAAAUUCUGGCUCUAUGUCUGCUUUUUAAGUUCAGUUACUUCAGCUCUACUUUGUUGCAUGGCUGGUGGAAUGUUGGAAUUAGUGUAUUAAAUAAUAUUCCUAGAUAAAAUCAUAUGCUUACAUAUGUUGUAAAGCUAAUUUAGUAUUUUGCAUGAAAUGCUCACUGCGCAACGUAAAAAUGUAAAUGAUUGUAGCUGAUAUCUUAUAACUAAAACCUCUUAAAACACUGCAUUAGUUAUUAACUAAUCCAUUUAAUUUGAUAGGGAUGGAAUAUGUAAAUGCAGACCUGUUUACUCUUACGAUUUUGGUGCACAAUGUACAGUUUUGAGAUAUCUUUUACGAUUGUACGUCAAAACCUGUCAGGACUACGAUUUUAAGAGACUAGGUUGAAAAUAUAUACAUUCUGUUCGUUUUUCCAAUUAAAAAAAAAAUAAUUAAAAAGUACAAUUCUGGUUCUUAGUUUUAACUUGCAUUUGCAUUCUACGUCCAGUAGUGAAUGGAUCGAGAAAUAUGAUUAGUUGGGGACCUUCUAUAAUUAUAAUACGUUAGCCCUGAGAGGCAAAGGGAGUGAUUUUUUAUUUAGAUUUUGUGUAUGAGAGGGCGGGUCUAAAUAUUUAAAUCUAUACAGUCAACACUGGCAGGGGGCGGGGGGGGUGUCCUUGGCAGAAAGUAUGGGUGUUAUUAAAUAUUUCAACAGUAUUCAUCCAGAAACUAUGAAAGUCCAAAAAUAGCAUAUUUAUAUAUCCAAUGCUGUUAAAUACCACCUGAUGUUUAGUAGAAAUUAUCAUUGUGAUUUUGCCAUGUAUUUUAACUAAUGAACUCGCUAGCUAUUCUCAGAUAUUACUCAGUAGUAGAGGUAUUACAGUAACAUUUAGUCCACUGUAUGUUCAAUUUGCGUGUGACGUCUAUUUCGUUGGGCUACUUCAGUGGUUCUAAAAAUUUUGUUUCCUGUCGCCUAUGCCAAAUUUUUGUUUUCACCAGGCUCCUUGUGUGAAAUUCUAAUAAGUGCACUUGGAAAUAGUGAAUACAUAAACAAAAUAAAAUAAAGGGCUGGGUAAAUAUAAAUAUACCAAUAACAAGUAUGUAGGUCACUAAGCGCCAUCUAGUAAUUGCAAACAGUAGCUACUCAAGUGGGUUACUGUUUGUACCAUAACUGAAAGUUGUCAUAUUAAAUUAAAAUUGGAAAUAAAGUUAUGAAAUUUUGUAAUAUUUGGAAGCGGCCCAUAUAGGAAAAUUUGCAUAAUUUUGUGACAUUAUAAUUUUUGACGUCUGACCCGUAGAGUACAGAAACUCAGAAAACUAAUGAAUGCAUACUCAACUGCUCCACGCAGCAAUAUUAGAUUUUGACAUAUUUUAUAGGAUCUGAGAAGGCCUUUGAAAUCUGUUUUUAGAACGCACAAAACAGCCUUACGAUUUUGAAUACCCCUUCUUCCUCUCACCCAUUUAAAGCUUGUGAAAUUUAACAGACUGUUAUAAUAUGUUCACAGGAAAUAGGAAUAAUGGGUAUUGAUUGUUAUUUCAUUAAACUUUAUUUUAGUUGAUCUGACCUCGAGUUUGAACUACAUUAAAUUUCACUAGGAGCUUUACUUUUACUGGGGACAGACAGAUAAUGUGAUCUGCAUGUUCAACUAAAUAUUAAUUGAUAUCUAUAGCAGAUACACGUCUGUAAACCAAAGUUACUGCAGUUUGCAAUAUAAACGUCAGUUAUCUAAUUUUUGCCUUCAGUUCCCCUUUGUAACUCCAGCUUAACUCGAUUCCUCUGGACACGUGAUGCGAGUAGUUAUUGUAUAUAUUAUAUAUGCUGAAUAUUUUUUUUAUUAAGAUACAGUAUUUUAUGAUUUUGAGACAAUAUUGUACACGUUUAUGAGCUUGGGAGUAAACAGGUCUGUAAGUGUUAAUUUUCUAUUUUAAAAAAUUGGCAAUUUCCAUAACUUUUAAAAAAAUUAUAGUAAUUUUUAAAUAAUUUAGAGUUUAUUAUAAGUUAAUAAACAUCUAGAUUUGAAUAGAAAUAUGCUCUUGGCACCAUCUAAAAGCAAAUGAAAGCUUAGGCUGUAUUUGAUAUGAUGCUUAGUAAGCUUCCAAACAAUGGUACACAUUUUAUUUAAUUGCCCUUAAGAACAAUUCUUUUGUCAUCUAAUUAAAAGUAGAUUUUUCUCUGUUUCAUCACAUUCGUUUAUGUUGGGAAUUUUAAAAGAAUGAUUGAUUUUCAGUAAUUAUUGGAAUUAGUCAGAUAUGUAAUUUUAUAGACUAUGUGCUUUGCUUUUUUUUUUUAAUUUCAUACUUAAACAAACUUCUAAUUUCCAAAUGGUGUCUUGACAUUAUUUUUUUAAAAGCUGAAGAGGAAUUUCUUUUAAAUAACUUAAACUUAAUUAGUUAACUGCUUUAAAGAAAGAAGAAGAAAAAAUCUAAGAAUAUUAAGAUAAAAACAAAUUAUUAUUAUAAAAGAUUAAUAGUAAAUCUUAGUUUUUAUCCAUAUUUGUGUAUUUUCUUGCAAUUAUGUAAAAAAUCAGUUGUGAGAGGCAGUGUUGAUGUAUGUAAACACAGUAAUUGCUCUUAAGUGUUUAUUCUUCCUAUCUAACUUCCUAAUUAAAAAAAUAUUUCAAAACGUAAUACACGCACCAGCUUUUUAUGUAUUAAAAUAAUUUGAAAGACAAUAUUUUUAAUGAACUCUUUUCUGAAAUGGACUCAAAACUUAAAACUAAUUAAGCUUGUAUAUACAGACCUGGGGUUCCAAAUGAAUUUUUUAGAGGCCUCACAGAUUUUCACUGCAAAAAUCUUUAAGAAUCAUACAUUGAUAAGUGAGUGCUGAAAGGUGUAAUGUUUCUAAGAUUAAAUAGAGGCUCUCAUUGUAGUUCAAGAAGUGAAAAGUGAAGGUUUAAUGAAUUUUUAUCUCUUUGUAGAAUUUUUCAUUUGGACAUACAGCCAUCAGAGGUUUUUUCCACUAGAGUAUAUGUGAGCAAUUAACUAACUAAGAGAAAUUCCUGACUGAUAAAUUCUUAAACACAGGCUAAGACAACUAGUUGGUAUAAAACUGAUGUAUUCAUAGCUUAUGCUAAAAUCUGGACCAGUUUUUUUUGCUGUUCCAGAUAUUUUGCAGUUUGUCAUUGAGUAAAAAAUUUUAAAAGUUUUAAUUUUUGUUUAAAUAAACCAUAUAAUUCAUAAUUCUACACCAGAUAGCACAAAAAUUGUUUGUUUAAGGUUCAGAGGAAAGAAAUUGUCUUGGGUGCCUCGAUUAAAAAAAUUGGAAACUGCGACCUUGGAUAGAAAAAAUUUGAAAACUGCAGCCUUAGAUAGAAACAUUUUAUUAAUUUUAAAUAUGUAACAGAGACUUGCAGUUACAUCCCUCAAAGUAGACCAUUUAUUCUUUGCAAAUUUUGAUUCACACUUUGGAAUAAGAAUGUGGACAUAAGCAUUCUAAUUCUUUUCUAUAUAAAGUCAUAAAUCAAUAUUUAAUACAAUGAACAGGCUAAUUUUAUAAACGAAUCAACAUAUAUGGGAAAUAUAUUUUUAAUAAUAUUUGAGUCUAAGAAAUCAGAUGUGACCUUUAAUUUGGAUACAAAAAAAUAUGUUUAGUCCUUUUUUUUGUAUGUACAUGUCAUCAUUAAAAUUAUCCAAUAUCUGAAUCUCCUGUCUCUGCCAACAUCUGUGUUAUACAACUGUCUUAAAGCUGUUGUACUUUGUUUAAAUGCUUGAUGUCGUUUGUUUUCAGAAAUCUAAACGUCCUGAGUCUCUUAUGGACAUUCACGCUAAAAAACUAAAGAAGAAGAAGGUUAGUAUAUUUGCAAGUUGUUAUCCUUGAAAAGCCCAGGAUUUGUCAUUUGCAAGUCAAAUCUCAACAACAAAAAAUUUAUUCAUCCACUUCAGUUAGUGUUUUUUGAAACAAGCAGAAAUUGAAUCACUCCAGAAUUGUCCUGGACUUUUAAAGGAUCUUUAAAGAGCAUACAUUUUAUUGUUUGCUUUUUUAUUUAUUUAUAAUAAGAUAUGUAAAACUUUUAAUUUCCUACUUAAACAUUGAAGCCAGGCAUGAAUUUUUUGUUGUUGACUCUAUUAAAUGUGAUUGGCAUAACUCAUGCAGCAUUUUAUUGUCUUUAACUAAUAAGUGUCCUGGAGUCUGGAUGAAUUUGACUUUUGAAUCAUUAACUCUUGAGUUAUGUUUGAUAAGAAUAAAAGUGUUGCAUUCGUGAAAUAACAUGCAAAUGGAAACUUUCAAUAAUUUUAUUUAAUUGAUGAAAGACCAUUUCCUAAAGAGGCAAAUAUCAAAUUGGUUCACAUUUUAUUAGACUCUGCUCGUCCCCAAAGUGAUAUAGUUUGGUGUGAAAUCUGGAUACCAGCACAACACAACAAAGUUUUAGAAUUAGUUAGGUUUUUACACAUAUUCUCUAAGUUCAUGUGAUUGAUUUUUCUGCUAGUCUUAAAAACAUUUUGUACUGUUUUUAGAUUUGUGUUUUCUACCCUAAUAUUGCACAUACUUCAUAAGAAUUUACAAACAAAAAACUUUUUUUUUAAAAUGUUUAGGAUUACCCCUUUUACUGUUGCCAUUCUAUUAUUUCUUGCUGUUCUUUGGACCAAGAUAAAAAUUUAACUGAACUGUAUCAAAAUUUGAGUUCAACAAAUAGCACAACAUUUUUCUUUAUUGGCGUCCGUCCCAAUUUACUUUCAGAUGUUUCAACUCAUUUUACAUGUGCUUUGUAUGUUAUGCAGUGUUGUAAAUUUGCAUUAUUAUUAAUUAAUUAUUUUUUUUUUUACAAAAACAUCUGUGCUUAUAAUUAAUAACUAUCUUGCUUGUGUCUGUUUUUAGUUCAAAAGGGAUAUUGCUUUUACAUCUAGAAGCAAAAAAAUCUCUUUUUUUUUUUUUUUUUUUUUUUUUUUUUUUUUUUUUUUUUUUUUUUAUUUUUUUUUUUUUUUUGUUUUUUUUUUUUUUUUCUUAGUUAAGUUAAAGCUUCAUUUAUCCAGUCUGGACAUUGGUUAUGAACCCAUAGUAAGCAUGUACUCUUUUUUUUUUUUUUUAAAGGUCUUAUUAUUACAGUCAUCAGAAAUAAAUACAAUUUUUAACAAAUGCACCAUUGUUUCUGUCUUUCCUUCAACACAUCAAAUUUUAUAUAACCUGCUAGUGAUGCUUUGAAGAUUUGCGUCAAAUUCCUGCUAUCUCUAAGGACAAACAUACAUUUUAAAAAUGUCUGAUUUCUAGUGACUUUCUGGCAAAGCCCCCUGUAUGAGAUUAGCUUGAGCUUUAAUGCUCUUUUUCAUAUCAUAGAAAGUAUCACUGUGCCUUCCUCUAGGACAUUUAUGUUCUGCGUUAGCUUUGCUUUAGUUAUGAAACCAUGGUGACAAUCAUGAGAAGUCUCAUCAUUGUUCAGGCUGACCUGACAUUGUCCUUUCCAAGGUGAGCUAAGUAAAAAAAAAAUUUUUGGUAUACUAGAAAACAAUGGUGCAUUUAAAAUGAACAUUUUCAUCUUUCCAUAUAGUUUCAAAUGUUAAUUGUAAAAAUGUUUGCCAUCCAGGUGCAUCAAACAUUUUAAGUAUAUUAUUUUCUUAAUGGUUUUAUAACUCUGUAUACUCUUUAAAAAUAAAAUAAACAAUAAAUUAAAAUAGUAUUUCCUUUUCUCUAGGGUUCUGCAGCAACCAGUACCCCAGCUGACUCAACACAAACAACAGCUCCCACAACUACCACAGCCCCUGCACCAGCCAACCAAACAGGAGUACCCAACGGCCAGGGCCCCCCUCAACAGCACAUACAGCAGUAUUUUCAGCUUACUGAUGACAUUCGUGAAUUAGACCUGCUCUCUGAGCAGAAAAAUACAGAAUUUUACAGCCAAGAAUUUAACAAUGGAGAGUACAAUGAGGCCAAGCCUCUGGCUGAUCUUUUGAUGAAUCCAAAUGUGGUGAGCUACAGCCAAGAAGGGGUGACUUUCUCUCAAGCCCAACCAACACUGAGUAGCCAAAUGAUAGCCCAAGCCUACAGCCAUGCCCAGCAGAUGUCCUCCACUCCGGCUUACAGCCAGGUCAUUUCCAGCACUAAUUCCUACCAACAGACAAUACCCGCUCAGCUGGGAGGUAACAUGGUUACACUGGUUGCCGCCAACCAGGUCCAGGAUAAUUCUGGAAAUCCAAAUAACCAACAGCAGACACAAACCAUUGAGGUGAAUGGCCACCAGGUGCAGGCCCAGGUCGCCACUCAGGCCCAGAUGACCAGCCAGCAAGUUCAGAACUAUGCUGAAGCUUACACAGCUCAAGUCAGUGCAGAGUCUGCUGUGGUUCAGCAGGGGGGUCAGGUUGUUACAUUCUCAUUGGCUGGUGGUCAGAACAUGAUCAUUGCAUCGCCACACACACAGCAGGCAGGUCAAAACUAUGUCAUUCAUUCUCACGGUGCCCACCAUGGUCAGAAUAUUGUUAUAGCCACACCAGGGCAGCAGACAAUGUCCGGAAACUUUAUUGUUAAAGCAGAAGGGGAUGAGAUGGGGCACAAUAUAGUCCUGACCCAGCAAAAUCUACAGCAAGCCCUUGGACAAAAUGUUGUUUUGACUCAGGAUGGGCAGCUGACCACGGGAGGAGAAAGUGUUGUCCUAACUACAGCAGAUGGUCAACAGAGGCAGAUCCAAACCACCAGACAAAUCCAGCCGGCACAACAAUCCCAGCAGCACCAUUUACUUGCCCAAGCUGGGAUUCCAGUACAGGCUGGGGGCGGGCACAUGCCCCAGGUGUCCUUGGUUCUUCCACCAGUACAUUCAUUAUUCCCUCAGAUUCAAACAUCUACUGCCUCAGUAACACCUCAGGCGUUCCUUCAGCUGUGUGCUAAGAUGGACAAAAUGUUGAGCAUGGUUAAGGAUUCCCAUAAUGUUUUGUUUGAGCUCAGUAAAAGAGUGGAGAGAAUAGAGAGUCAGUUGUUCCCUCCACAUCAAGUGGCAAUACCCCCGAACUCAGUAACCCCUAACAAGAAUAUUCCCAAGUGUAAGCCCAAGCCCCUUAUCCCAGGAUCCUCUACACCAUCACCCAUGCCAACCACCACAAUCAACAAUGCUGCAGUGACAAAAGCCAGCCUGAAAGCUGCACUGUCCAACUACCUCACCAUCUCUGACUACACAGCAACAGAUGAGCUCAAGCGCAGUGACUCCAAUUCUGAUCUUUUCAUCCCUGUCGGCACUGUCUCCAUGGUGCAGGGCCAGGCUAUGAUGGAAGCACCAAGUCCUAGUGAGACCCCUGAAACAGCCUCCAGCACAGUUCAGGAGCUGCCCUCUGAGCAGGAUCUUAUGCCGGUGGUUUUAGGUAAUGCCAGCGUCCAGACUUCAGACAUCAACGUUCCUAUUGUUGACAGCCAGAGUGGUAUAGCUGUGACGGUUUAUGAUGAAGGGAAUGAAAAUCAAAAGUUCGAGUUGGGUCCUGGAAGCAGCAAGGAACCAAAUGCGCGAUUCUCCAACACAUCAUCCAAUCCUAAAACUGUCAUACUGGAUCCAAGAUUCUGGGAAAUAUUGGUGGAAGAUUUCCAGAAGAAUAUGAGUUCUGACCAAAUCAUUUCGGCAAUGUCAUCCACACGGAAGCCUCUAGUGCGCAGCAUAGGAACAUCUGAAAUUAGCAUUUGUUCCACAGUGUUAAAAGAGGCUGAAUCAGCUUGUCAAGGCAGAAGAGAACGCCUAGCUAAAGAGCUUGUAUUCCGCAUUUUCACUUUGGGGGAGGUGUAUGACCGCAACGUUUCUGGUGUUUUCUACAUCAAUGGCAAAAAGAUGGAGAACAAGAAUAAAGCCCUUGACCCGGCCAAGAUGGCUGCCAUCCACUACUUAGUAAUGAAAUACCCACCUAGUGUUGUGGACAACCCUAGACUGGAAAGGUUGGUAUGGAAAAACUGUGUUGAUAGAAUCAAUGAUGCUCUUAGGCGAAUUUACAACUGGAUUCAUAAAAUUGUGGAUGUCAAUAAUAUUAUUGACAAACUACCAACUGACAGCAUUAUGAUGCAUUAAUAAAGAGGGACUGCCGAUCAACCAGUCCUAAAGAUUGCUGUUCAUCUUAUUUCAGAAUGCUGAUAACUAACCAUCAAAGACUAUUCUACCAUGAACAAAUUGUGUAUGUUGUGUUAAAACUGAAGCUACAUUGCUCUUAUUCAAGCACUUCAAAGGAUGGUUCCAACUCAAUGUUGUGGGGUUGUGAUGUGUUAGUUGUGAACCUUAUGAUCAGCAGACUUGACUUAUCAGACGCUUAACAUUUGUUUUAUACAUUUCUCAGAGGAUUUGCAUAAUGGAUCUAAGUACUUUGGAAAGGAAAGAUAAUUUGAAGUUGUUUGUGAAUGCAAGUAACUUUGCAUCUUAAGAUGUUAAAAUUACUUGCCUAGAUGUGCCUGGUAUGGAUGCAGCAUUUCAAGGAGAACAGUUCAUGACAGUCUUGUGUUAUACAUAAGUUGUUUGGGUAAACAGCUGUGCAUUUACUGGUAGAAACAUUUUACAUGUGUUAAUAAUUGUUGAUAUUUUUAGAGGGAUUCUUCUGCAUCAUGUACUUUGAGUCAAAGUGCUAUCAACAUUGUAACUUUGUCUAUAUUGACCUAUUUAUGGCAUCUUCUAUGUAGUGUGAACAGUUUGAAUAUUGGUGGGGUCACCCAAGGUUUCAUUGUGUUUUCUGUCUUGUUAUAUAUGGAGGCUGUUUGCUAUUGGGGACUUAAACAUUGAGAAAUAUUAUGAUAAAUUCUUCCUUUGUUUUAGAAUAACUGUCGC